AUGAUUUUAUGUUCUUGGAGAAGACGUAAAGGCAAUCGUGGUGAUGACAACGAGAGCAGCGACCCUUUGAAUGGCAAAAAUUUCGACUCGGUUUCUCUUGAUUCAAUGGAAGACCCCAUCAUGUUGUCUACGGCGAUCCCCACACCUGUAGUUCCUGCGACCCCAGAUGAGAUUUCUGAGAUUUGUUCACAAAUUGUGGUCGCAACUCAUUGUGGGGAUCACAAGAGGUGCAAAGAAUUGUUGGGGAAGAUCAAGGCGUGGGGGAAAGAAAGCGAGUGCAACAAGCGAUGCGUUGUGAAUAACGGAAUUGGGUGUGUGUUAUCGGAUAUGUUUUAUUCUUUUGCGAGUGUUUCAAUUGAGAAACAUGUGGACAUGUUGGGAGAGAUAUUAUCUGUCUUGACAUGGAUGUUCCCACUUGGUGAAGAAGGGCAAUCAAAACUAGGAUCGCCAGCGUCUUUAAAUUCGAUGGUUUGGGUAUUAAAGAAUGGAGAUCCUUCAGCAAGGCAAAACACAGUUUUAGUACUCAAAGAGCUUCUUUCUUUGAAUCAAAGACUCGUUGAUACCUUGUCAGAGAUUGAAGGAAUUAGUGAAGCUUUAGUUAACAUAAUUAGAGAGCCUAUUUGUCCUAAGGCUACAAAAUCUUCUUUGACAUCUAUAUAUUACAUGAUUUCUCCACCUUCAAUAAGUGUGGCAUUAACAUCAAGAUUUGUGGAAUUGGGUUUGGUUUCGUUUAUCACAGAAAUCCUUGUUGAUGCAGAAAAAGGUAUCUGUGAAAGGGCUUUAGGUGUUUUGGCUGGUAUUUGUGAUUGUAAAGAAGGGAGAGAAGAGGCAUAUAAGAAUGCUCUAACUAUGCCUCUUUUGGUUAAGAAGAUGUUGAGGAUAUCAGAGAUGGCAACAGAGUUUGCAGUGUGCACUCUUUGGAAGCUGUUCAAGAAUGCUAAGAGGGAUGAAGAUGAUGAUGAGAGUGUUUUAGUUGAGGCACUUCAAGCUGGUGCUUUCCAGAAGCUUUUGGUUCUCUUGCAGCUUGGUUGUGAUGAGACUGUAAAGGAGAAGGCCACCGAGUUGUUGAAAUUGUUGAAUCGUUAUAGAAAAAAGUUGGGCUGUGUUGAUUCAUCAAUGGAUUUCAAGUGUCAAUAG